CAUUGUUUGAUUGUGAACCACCAUCAUGUCUCGCAGGGCAGCAAUAGUUGAGGAAUUCGACGACGACACCGAUCUUCCUUUACCUCAUAAAUCUCUCGCAAAUACUGGUUUUGCUGGUCCAUUGAUCAAGGAAAUCGUGUCAGACGACGACGAUGACAACGACGAGUUUCAAGCAGGCCCUGCUUCUCCUCCCCCGGCACGCGCUCAGUUCAGGCCAACCGAUAGUGAUCAUAUGAAUAUGAAGAACUCGGUAACAGAUACCACGCCGUACAAGACGUGGACGUGUAUAUAUCCUAUAUACAUUGACGCAAAGCGUCCGUAUGGAACUGGGCAACGCAGGGUUGAAAGAGCAAAAAGUGUGUGGUGGCCUCUGAGCAAGGAUAUCGCUGAGGCGGCAAACCGACUUGGCCUCGGAACCCUUCACGAAGUCCACAAAACGCACCCGAGGGAUUGGGAAAACCCAGGCCGCGUAAGGGUUCAAUGGAAGAAAGAUGGUAAGGUUGUCAAUCCAGUUAUCAAAACAAAAAAACAAUUACUAGAGACGAUAUGCAUGAUGAUACAGCAUUUCAAACCCGAGGACGUUCCUAAAGCUCCAUAUAGUCUCUCAUCAUCCGGUAUCACGACGACUGGCAGCCUUUCGAAUGACUUGCCCACUCCUACGCCAUCAGCUCACAAGGGUAAGGCUCCCGCUACCCACAAAUCCAAGACACCUCUUGGUUCUGCACCAGCGCCAUCUCCUCAGCGCAAACAUUCUGGAAGGCGUUUACCAGUACCCCCAGAACCACACCCGCCUUUGGCUAGUCGCGUGUCACCGUAUUCCCCCGCUCUCUCCUCGGGGAUGUUGGUGGAGGCCGUCAAGGCAGGCAUGAGUGCUACAGAAGGUGGUGCUGGCACGCCUGGAGCAGGAGCAGGUACUGCAGGUGGGCAGAAAGGUAAACGGAAAGUGGUCCGGGUGAGAGGGUAAGGUAUUCCAGCUGGGUAUGGUUUUCUGGUGUACUUUUCGACGGGGACGCG